UGAUGUACAUUUAAAUCUAUAUACAGUAUUUACAUACCGAUGAUACAUAUUUAGUAGGGAAGGAUGGUAGCACACAAUGUCGGUACAUUAGAUAGUUCAUGAGUACAUAUCUGUUUGUGUAAUAUUUUUAAAAGCUAUGUAUUGAGGAAAAAAGGCUAUUAUUGGAUUGAUCCUGUCAAUGACAGAAGAAGACGAAGACAGAGACGGUUUGUUGACAAAGGAAGAAAAAGACGAUUGACAUGAAGAAAGACAUUGAGACGCUGAUAGCUGAGGAAAGAGCUGACAUCAUUUUCAAAUACGCUACGGGCAGGCAGGCUGGGGUGGAGAUCGAUCCGUGGGAAGAUGCGGACUGUAAUAUCUACAAAGUUAUUGAUCGCUUUGGCUUCAUGCAUGAGGAUGAGCUGCCAGAACCUACUGCAAAUGAAGAAAAGCUGAAACAAGUGGAGGUAGAGAGAGCAGCCAAAUGGGUGAAGAUGGUCAAAAAGUGGGAUAAAUACAAAAACAGCGACAGGAUGGCCAAUCGGGUGUAUAAAGGCAUCCCGCUACAGCUCAGAGGUCGUGCCUGGGCGUUGAUGUUGGAUGUGGAGAAGACCAAGAAUGACAAUGAGGGCAAAUAUGAGAAAAUGAAGGAGCAAGCCAAACUCUACUCAUCCGAAGUCAAACAAAUCGACCUUGACAUCAACAGGACCUUCAGGAAUCACAUCAUGUUCAUGGAUCGCUUUGGAGUCAAACAGCAGUCCCUCUUCAACGUUCUGUCUGCAUAUUCAGCCUACAACACAGAAGUGAGCUACUGCCAAGGCAUGAGUCAGAUUGCCGCACUGCUGCUCAUGUACAUGAACGAGGAAGAAGCCUUCUGGGCGCUGACGCUGCUGCUGACCGAUCGUAAACACGCCAUGCAUGGAUUCUUCGUUCCCGGGUUCCCAAAGCUUCAGCGAUUCCAGGCGCAUCACGAUCAGAUUAUUUCCAAACUCAUCCCUAAUCUGAAGAAACAUCUGGACAAAGAACAGAUGUCGGCUGGCAUUUACACUCCCAAAUGGUUCAUGCAGUGUUUCAUUGACAGGACGCCAUUCACGCUCACCCUUCGUCUGUGGGACGUUUUCAUCCUGGAGGGAGAGAAGCUCCUCAGCGCCAUGUCUUACACCAUCUUGAAGAUACACAAAAAGCGUCUCUUGAAGAUGUCUUUGGACGAGCUUCGGGAGUUCCUUCAGGAGCGGAUCGCUCAGACCUUUUUCUCCAGCGACGAUGUGGUCAUGGAGCACCUCAGAGCCUCCAUGACUGAACUGCGCAAGAUGAAGCUGGAUGUUCCUCCUCCAGGCAAGCUUGAAGAGCUGCCGUGUAAGCCUCUGGGCCAGGAACUGCCUGUGGAAGCCUACAGAGGAAAGACAUCUUCAGCCAGUGGUUGUCCCAGAGCAGGACUGAAACUCCACAUCACAUCCAAGCAGGCGGAUUCCAUAUACCCAGACCGCAGCCCCUCUAAAGACCUCAAGGGUCUUGGUCCUGCUGAUGAGGAGGACAUAGACCCUCUGCCUUCCCCGGAUGGCAUCAUUAUUAUCCACAGCCAGGCCUUGCACACCUCAGAUGACUUCCCACUGACGGGGCCACCGCCUUACCAGCCCCCCGAUGACUCUGUACGCUUGACAGACCACCCCACUGACACCCCCUCCAGAGUCGUCUUCAGGACCCUGUCAGCCCCCACGGAUUUGACACCGUCAGAAAGUACAGCAGACGAGCAAGUGUCUCCGCCCCGACUGUCCCAUUCUCUGUCCUCAAACAGGACCCAAGUCCGGCCCUGAUCACCGUCCCUUUUACUGUAUAUGCUGACACCAUCCAUAGGCUGGCAUCUGAUGGCAGGUGAGGUGCUCACCGUCAAUAUGUUAAUAUUUGCCUUUGCAGGCUUUUUCUAAUGUUUUUAAAACUCAUUCAAUUGCCCUGCCAUUGAAUAAGGGAAUACAAGGGAAUUUAAAUAUAAUAAUAAUAAGGGAACCAGGGUGGGGUGUACCCCGUCUAUCCUAGUGACGAUUAAGCGACAUAGAAAACAGCUGGACUGCAGCCAUUUUUCCAAAUUCAACCCCUUCAGUAUCGGCCAUUUUACUGAGUAUCUUCACUGGUUUUUCAAGGCACACACAAUAUUGUGUUGUAUGGCUAUAUAUAAACCAUAUAAAGCUAUAUAAAGUUAUAUAAAGCUUUAUAAACUAUAUAAAGCUAUAUAAACUAUAUCAAGAUACAUAAACAUGCAAUCUUCCAAGAGAAAGAUGAGAUCUCAUGAUGUUUGUUCCUACCUUUUUCCGUUCUUUAGAAAGUUUCACUGCUACAACAUCGAAAAACAACUUUUCCAUAAAAUGAACAACACAAAAAAAACGCAUAAAAAUAAUUUAUUUCCAAACAUAACUUUUCGACCUAUUUUCAACGUUCACAUUUGGAACUGAACUAUGUACGUACGUAUGUGCACGCGUGUGCAUGUAUUCAAAUUUGCCUACCAUGCAUAACCUCCUCCACGCUCUCGCACUUCCUCCUGGCUGUCAAGCACAUUUAAAAAAUAAUGAAAUGAUCCACGCCGAGCUCUCAUCAAAUGCACUUCUGCCACCCUGUGGCUGUUUUUAUGUCUUAAAACUGCAUGAAACAUAACAUAUUUUAUUGUGUACUUUCAUCAUCACCUCUUUGGGAGCGAGCGUUUGGGUUUAAGAAUAAAUAAUGUAUAAAUAAGUCUUUGGUACUGAAUGAGUUAAUUCCAGAACAACAAGCUACAAUCUCAGACAGUCCUGUUAUAAUGUGUUUAUGGGCGGGUCACACGGCACAUCUAAAAAUAAAAAAUAAAAAUAGAAUAGAAAUGUAAUAAUGGUGAUCCGCCACAUGUAAAUGAAUGUAUGGGAAACGCUGAUAUGUAGGAUUCCUUCUUUAAAAUUAAGCUUUUCUUCUAAUAGUUUUUUUAAUAGUUAGCGCACACAAAACUUUUUCAUGUUUUUAACAUUAUCAGAGCCCUCCAGACAUGAUAUAGCAUCCCUAUAGUCACCUUUAAAUUCAUAUUACCCAACAUAGCAUAAUAACAAAACAUUAUACAUAAAUAAGACUUGCGCUUGUGUGUGUUACUGUAAAUAUGUUCCAGUACUCGGGGAGCUGAGUGGCAGGUGGACAGGAAGUGACAUCGAGAGUUCAGACUUGUUUUUUUUUUUUUUUUUUAGCUUGCAGCCGUAUGUGAAAAGGGGUUAUUGUGCCUGUUGUGCGAUCAUUCAAACCUGCAAUAAAUAAAGGCCAGUUGUUCCAGCAAUCUAGUCUGGUGCUUGUGUUUCACACCGAACAUUACGGUGACAUUACUGACACCUAGUGAUCGACGUAGAAUACUACGUAUUAUCACAACGUCUUUGAAUGCAUCUUCUGAUGCAUAUAUUGCUUAUAUUUGUAUUUUCUUUAUUUAGGCUAUUUGUUUGCUUGAAAAUACUUAAUUACUACUUAAUUACAUAAAUACUUCAAAACAGUUGAUAGAGUGAUGCUGCGAAAUACAACGCACUAAGCAGGUCAAGCAGGUUAAGGAUUAAAGGGUCAUACAACUCCAAAUAUCUAUGCUACGACAUCACCUGAAGCAUUUCACGAUUAAUAUCUAUUAAUAAAAUUAUUAUUAUCAUUAUCAUUCUCAUUAUCAUUCUUCCUAAUGCCUUAUAUUUGUAUUUUCUUUAUUUAGGCUAUUUGUUUGCUUGAAAAUACUUAAUUACUACUUAAUUACAUAAAUACUUCAAAACAGUUGAUAGAGUGAUGCUGCGAAAUACAACGCACUAAGCAGGUCAAGCAGGUUAAGGAUUAAAGGGUCAUACAACUCCAAAUAUCUAUGCUACGACAUCACCUGAAGCAUUUCACGAUUAAUAUCUAUUAAUAAAAUGACAACAUAUAAAUAUAUGUAAGUAAACAUCAACUCACCAGAGAUGUCCAUUUCUCUUCCUCAGUCAAGCAUGGUGGGCGUCACUUGCUGUGAUCAACCAAUCGAGAUAGAACAGAAAUCUGAUAGUGUUAGUGAAGUGACAUGGGCCAGCACUCCUGAUUCUGAAGGCCCUGGGCAGAUAAAAUUGAUACGGCAACAUACAUACAUAGAAGCCCAAAUCUGAUUGGACCAAAAAAAAUGAACAUAAGCAGUGAUGUGGUCAAGUCAACAGAUUGAUAUCCUUUAGCGCUCAACUUGUUGCCGUGACGAUCCAACACUGCCACCCAUUGGUAACAUUCCCAAAGCAGAAAACGAGUCAAGCCAAUAAUGAAAGAUAUUGCUUUUAUUUCCUCUCUGAUUUGCUGAGGUCGGACCCGGUCGCCAGCGAGGUCCCACGUGGGUGGAGAAAUACGCAGAAUUGCAUGGUCAUGGUUUGCACAGUCAGCAAAAAGAAGGCUUAGAGGCCAAGAUGGCGGAAAGGUGGAAAAAAAGCAAAGAAAUGCACAUGAACAACAUAACAAAGUCGUCGUUUCAAUUCGCACAUGCAAAAAAAAAAAAAAAAAAAGACAAAUGCCGAA